AUGCCCAUGUUGGCGGAGCCAUCGGCCCAGGCCAGCGAGUCCUCCAAAGGAGAGACUGAGACGGUGGACGUCCUCCAGCACUUUGCCAAUGCGUCUUUGCACUUGCAAGAGCUUGCAAAGCUGUUGCGAGAUAUCCGGGCAGAGACACCGCCGGUGUCGUCUAGAUCCGUGCAUGAAGCGCAGGGAGGACUCGAGGCUGGCCCUGGCCCUGGCCCGGGCGGCCCUGCGCUGGUUCCCGUGCUCCCGAUCGCAAAGGCCGCGGAGCCUUUGGAGCUCGGCGAGACAGACUCCAGCUUUCCAACAGGUCUCGUGAGCACGUCAGACUCUCUGACGCUGUCAGCCUCCCCGGCUGGGGUUGACGAGGAGGUUGCACCGCUCUUGUCAGCUGAAGGUAAUGCAGAAAGAGAGCUUGCAGAGGGCACACCGGCGGAUUCGCCGACGCUGCACGAGGCCGAUGCGGAAGCAGAUGUGACACUGCAUCCGUCGGCUCUGGAUUCGAGCGAGCCAGGUGCAGGUGACGCAGUUGCUCCCUCGGCCCCGCCCGAGGCGAUUCUGAAGGAGGCACCGAUGGAAGCGGACUCUGAGGAAGGUUGCAGGGAAGAAGCAGCAGUGACUUUACCUGAAGGCGAUGCAGGGGCAAGCCUUGCGGAGGUUGCCCCUAAAGCACCGUCAGAGGUUGAUUCCGAGCCAUCCUCCAUUGACCGGUUGGGUGACAAGGAGAAGCAGGCUCUGGCUGCUGCCCAUCAAACGCUCACGGAGAUGGCGAAGCUAUUGCUUGAAGCGGCAGUGGAAUCUCCGGCAGCCAGUCCCCGGCCAGAGGCCACAGACGACUAG